AUGGUCGUCCCUACGGGGGAUUCAAACAGUACGAAUUCGGACGAAACUUGUCCAGCAUCCGAUUCGACAACCUCGAGUACCGAUAGCGGAGGCAGUUACGAAUGGGACGAAUAUACGCAAGGAGUCAUUCUGUCGAGUUUCUACUGGGGUUACUUGUUCACUCAAAUUCCGGGUGGAACGCUGGCUGACAAAAUUGGUGGAAAAUACGUCCUUGGUCUAGGGAUCUUUUCGACCGCCAUAUGUACUCUUCUGACACCGGUGGUGGUCGAAGCCUACGAUUGGAAGGGUCUGAUAGUCCUCCGUAUCCUGAUGGGCUUAGGGGAGGGAACGACUGUACCAGCAAUGGGGGAACUCACAGCCAGAUGGUCUGCGCCGGGUGAAGAGUCGAUCAUCGGAACGGUCGUGACGUCGGGAACCUUGCUCGGAGGCGUGCUGGGCAGCGCGCUCUCCGGAGUUCUGAUCCAAAAUUCAUCCAUGGGUUGGCCGCUGGUAUUUUACGUCUUUGGAGCAGCCGGUGUGCUCUGGUUCUUUGCGUGGGUCUUGCUCUGCUACAACAAUCCGGACGUUCACCCCUUCAUAACCGAGUCGGAGAAGAACUUCUUGCGAAAAACGGCAAGUGGAAAAAGAGAGCUGGUACCGACACCAUGGCGACACAUUCUCACGUCAGUUCCAAUCUGGGCUUUGGUGGCUUCGACCAUCGGCCACGAUUUCGGUCAUUUCACCAUAAUGACGGACCUUCCUCUCUACAUGAGCAACGUCCUCAACUUCUCUGUUCAGUCGAACGGUUUUCUAUCGGCUCUUGCCUACCUCCUGAUGUGGGUUGGGAGCGUUGCGUCGUCAUGGAUUGCCGACUGGUUCAUAAAGACACGGAAAAUGAGUGUCACGAACGUGAGGAAGUCAUUGGCUACAAUCUCCUCGAUCCUGCCGGCCAUUUUCAUCAUCACGGCUUCCUACGUUGGCUGUAAUAAUGUCGCAGUCGUCAUUCUCUUUGUGCUCGGCACAGGUUUCAUGGGUCCAUAUUACCCCGCAAUGUUGAUUAACCCGAUGGACUUGAGUCCCAACUACUCUGGAACCGUCUUGGCAAUGACGAUGACGGUCAGCGCUCUGACAGGGAUAGCCGCUCCGUAUCUUGUCGGCAUUCUGACGCCGAAUCAGACGCUUUCCGAAUGGAGAAUCGUAUUUUGGAUCUGUUUUGGAUUUUUCUUAGAAUGUAAUCUCGUCUUCGUUAUCUGGGGCGACGGUGAGGUUCAGUACUGGAAUGACCCUGAUUUUCGACUUGGACUUGACAAACAACCGGUGACUAAAGUACAAAAAGUUAAAAACGAUACAAAUUCGGACAGAACGGUUGAACAGCCGUCGACUUAG